ACAGUGUAAAUAUGGCUCACUUGGAGACUAGUUAUCGUCGUUUAGAUUCUUAUUAUGAUGAGGAAUCAGAAUUACCACCACACGAAAGGGAUUUAAAUAUCCACGUACCAGAAAAUGGAAAAGCACGCUGGAACCACAUUGAAAACUUGGAUGAGUUUUUUGCCAGGGUAUACCACUAUCACCAGAAGCAUGGCUUCUCAUGUAUGAUGUUGUCUGAAGUCUUUGAACUUGUACAAUUUAUAUUUAUUGUGCUGUUUUCAACAUUUCUCCUUCAAUGUGUUGACUAUGCUGUGUUGUUCGGCGAAUCAAAAGAUGACCCAAAGGAGAAAGUGACGUUGGGUGAUGCUAUAAUACCACUAGACCAGUGUACCAGCAGUUUGGAUCCUAUCAUCGUUAUCUGUAUUAUUAUUGCUGGAGUAUUCUGGAUACUCAGGCUUGUCAAAGUUAUUUAUCAUUUUUUCCAAUUUUGGGAAAUUAAAUCAUUCUACACGAAUGCGUUAAAAAUAAGCACGGAAGAGUUGCUAAACACUACUUGGCAUGAAGUACUAAAGAAAGUACAACAAGUACAGAAGGAACAGCAGAUGUGUAUACACAAAGCUGAACUAACAGAGUUAGAUAUUUACCAUAGAAUAUUGCGUUUUAAAAAUUACAUGGUUGCCAUGGUGAAUAAAGAGUUGUUACCAAUCAGAAUAUUUCUUCCAUUUGUUGGCGAUAUAAUCUUUCUUACAAAUGGCUACAAGUAUAAUUUGGAGAUGAUAUUAUUUUGGGGUCCAUGGUCUCCUUUUGAGAAUAACUGGCAUCUGAGAGAAGAUUAUAAGAGAAGUGGUAAACGACAAGAACUGGCCAAAAUGCUAUCUCGACGGAUAUUAUGGAUUGGUAUUGCAAAUUUCUUGUUAUCCCCGUUCAUAUUUUUGUGGCAAAUACUGUAUUCUUUCUUCAGUUACGCUGAUCUUAUUAAACGACAACCUGGCACUCUGGGUGCUCGUAGAUGGUCCAACUACGGCCGACUAUAUCUUAGACAUUUUAAUGAACUUGACCAUGAAUUUCAAGCAAGAUUGGCAAGAGGAUAUAAACCAUCCAGUAAAUAUAUGGAUGUCUUUGUAUCAGAAAUGUUGGCUGUUGUUGCCCAGAAUAUAGCAUUUUUUGCUGCUUCCAUCUUAGCUGUAUUAUUAUUACUGACUGUUUAUGACGAAGAUGUACUCACAGUGGAACAUGUGCUCACUUUGAUGACCAUACUAGGUUUAAUUGUUACCUGUUGUCGGUUGUUUAUUCCGGAUGAUCAUCUAGUAUGGUGUCCGGAGACAUUGAUGCAGAGUGUGCUGGCACAGAUACAUUAUAUCCCAGAUGAUGUAAAAGGAACUGCACAUACGUGGGAAGCAAGAAAUAAAUUCUCACGGUUAUUCCAGUACAAAGCUGUUCAUUAUUUAGAAGAAUUAUUGAGUCCACUGAUCACACCAUAUAUUCUGUGUUUCAAACUACGGUACAAGGCACUUGAUAUCGUGGAUUUCUACCAUAAUUUUACAGUGGAUGUUGUUGGUGUUGGUGAUGUCUGCUCCUUUGCCCAGAUGGAUAUAAGAAAGCAUGGCAAUCCUCAGUGGAUGUCUGACGGUAAAAGUGAGGCGACUCAAUAUCAACAAGCUGAAGAUGGAAAAUGUGAACUUUCUCUUAUGCACUUCACAAUGACAAAUCCAAAAUGGCAACCACCUCAGGACUGUAAUAUGUACAUUAGUGCUCUGAAACAUCAAGCUCAGAAAGAUGUUGGGCUCUUGGGCAGAGUGGAAGCAGAGAACACAGCGUUGGCAAUGUCAACGUCAUUGACAUCUCUACAAUCAAUUGAAGGAGGGUAUAACACUCUUUUAAACAGUAUAGUGUUACAACAAAGUCUCUUGUGUGGACCUACAUACUUACCUGGCUAUGGACCCGCCACUUCUAUGUCACCAGCAUUAACCAAUACUACCAGCACUGGACCUGUCAGAGGAGCACUUAAUAAAACAGAGGGACCGUUAAAAUCCAGUGGAAAUGGAUUACUUGGAAGUGUUCACUCUUCAACUUUAAUGUCUAACAGUAUACAGUGUUCAGUUGGGUCAAGCCCAAUCAGUAGUGCUAAUGUGGCUGCCAAUAUUGCCGACUACACAACGGCAGACAUGAACUUCAGUGCAGUGUACAUGCACCAGCUCCAUGACAGGAAAGUUGAAUUACAUGGCAGUGGUCAGUUGGAAUGGCAGUCUGAAGAAGAGAGGGAAAGGCGACACUGGUCAGCGUCUGAAAGUCCUGACCGCACUACUUUGGCAUCACCAUUGCAUUCUCAGUUACCUAGGAUACCAGUGAAAGAUGUACGAGAUCAAGUCUUAGAAGAGGACUCACAAGAAGAAGAAAUUGAUGAUGAUGAUAGACCUCCAACAGAGCACUUACUUGUAGAUGUUACAGAUGCAAGGCCAGAUGGAGCCUCAUCAAUUUAGGAUUACUGCUUUCAGAGAAAAUAGUGGACCAAAAUAACAAGCCUACAGGGAAGACUUCGGGCUUCACUUUUCGAGGGAUUUUUUUUCUAAGGAACCUGAAUUUGUCUUGAGAUUUAGUAUUAAAUCUAUGCCCCGUGAGAAUGUCACAUGUAGAUGUGUGGGUGUUUUUUUUUUUAGUUUUUUGAUCACUGUGAUUGCAAUAUAUGUAUAUUAUAAAUAUUGGAUAUAACUCUUAUCAUGUACAGCUACAGAUAUUUGUGCGAUUGCUUGUAAUUUACUGAAGGUGGCAGAGUGGAUAUCGCUUUCUACUUUGCAUGGAUGCACUAAAGACUACUUAUUGCUAUUCAAUGAUAUUUUAUUUAUUAUACUAGUAUAUUAAGAACAUUUGUUGAGUAGAUUGUCAUAAUCUUCUUAUGACAACGCUGACAAUUUAGCUAGAUGUGAUAUUCAAUCAAUCAUACAGGUGCGUUUUAAUACUAUUCUCAUUGUAUGCAGGUAUAUUUUUUUUUCGCAGACAUUUUUUAGGGGUUUUCAUUUUAUCUGUAUUUGCUGUUCCGAAAAUGAUUUCAUUUAAACUAUUUCCAGCAUGCAUUUCACUCUAAAGUAUAAGAAUGCCUUUGAUUUUGUUGAAAAAAUCAAAAAUUAUUAAUACAUAUUGUAAUAUACAACAUAGCAAGACACUGUUGGGUAAAGGUGAAGAGCAGAUAUAGACAGCUGCAUCUGUGUUAAACUAUCGUGUUUUUAUAAGUAUGCAAACCAUAUUUUUAUUUUGAUGCCUUGCAAGUUGUAUAUGGUAAAUUUUGAAUUAUUUAUUCGAGGAAACAUUCAAUAUCUUUGUGAUGGGGAGGGCUACCCCACGACAAACAUGAACUACUUUGAGGGGGAGGGGGAUACAACUACUUGUGGUGCUCAAGAACCUGCAACCAUUUUUCUGUUUACAAUUCUGAACAUUAGGUAAAGAGGGUAGCUUUAAAUUUUUAAAAUACAUUGUCACAGUGUGAUAAAUGUGACCACAUGGUGCCGUUCGUAUAAUACAUGGUAUGAAUAAAUUUUGUCACAUUAAAGGUGGCCUUUUAUCAAUGGGUUUUUUUUUUUGUAGCUUCCCAAUUCAUUUUCGUUAUGUACUUUGCAUUGACAAAAUAUAGAAUUGACAUCGUUAAA